ACGUUGCCCUUGACCUAUUCCUCCUACCACACUCAAGCAUUGCGAUUCGCAAUGGCCGACAUUCCAUUAUCUUCCCUGUUCCACAGGGCCCUCAUGAGCGCAGCGAAGGCGAACAAUAUGGCCACGAUGAACGACGAGACACAGGAGCUCGUACAGUCUGCACUGGCCGACCUCCGUCUCUUGCAGCAUCGGACUGCUGCCCUGUCUCUUUUCAGUGAGAACGAAGUUCUGGCGGAUAUCUCAACGCGUGACCUGGUCUAUCUUCUCGUGCCAUUCGUACUCGCCGAAGUGGAGGACCACGUUCGGACCACCGAUCUGGAGGAGCGUCUUGUACGGGUGGAACGUGUGCAAAGAUUUUUGCGAUCCUUCCUGUCUAGCCUCGAGACAUACCAAAUCGUCCCCGACUCCGAGAAAGACCUAUACGCGAAGCCUGCAGCAUCAUAUGCAGAAGCGCAGAAGCGAAGAGAAUCGAAGAUAAGGCAGUAUAAGAAAGAGAAGGAGAUCAAAGCUAGGAUCGAGGAAAUCCGCAAGCGUCGGAGCAACGGAGAAGUCGUCAGCGAGCCUUCUUCAGACUUUGAGUUGAUCGCGUCACUUCUCUUUGAUCCCUCUGCGACGAUCAGCGAGACGGCUGCGGAAGAGGAGGACGAGGACUUGGACACCGAGGACAUCGUUCGCGAGGCCGUUCUCCUCCUCUUACGUUUGACAUAUGGAAAAGCACAGGCACAGCUGUCCAGCUUACGUGGAGAGCUUGAGCUUCUCCGUAAUGCACCUCCGCCGGCACCUCCUGAACCUAUAGAUGAGCGACAUGCAAAACAACGCGAAACUGAGGACAUGCACAUGUGGAGGUUGGAUGCACCACGACCUCAAGGUGGCUCCGAUGGGCAGGGACCAUUGUUGGAUCAGAGUGGAAAGCCUCUUCGUCCGUUCACCAUCCUAUCAUCAUCGGCCGCUGCUGACCGGACACAAAUGAGAGACCAAGUCUUCCGUCCUGACCAUAAUCUACCGACAAUGUCUGUCGAUGAGUACCUGGAGAUCGAGCGCCAACGCGGGAACAUCAUCUCUGGUGGAGGUCCUCAGUCGGAGCAAGCACUGACAACCAAGGAGCAGCUGCAACUAGACUCCGAGAUGGACGGAACUGUAUUCGGAGAGGAAAAGGCAGAGGAUAAACGUCAAAAGGACGAGAAUUGGGCUCAAUACACUGACACUCAUCCCCGCGGCGCAGGGAAUACACUGAACCGAGGAUGAAAAUUUGAGCGAUUGGCAAGUGAAAGCGUGAAGUAAGAAGCGAAUUGUAAUUCAUUACGUGUAAUAGUCAUUUAGUUUCGUGCGAGGGACCUACUUAUGUCAUUGCAUGUGUUUUGGCAAAGCCCUAUGAUGAACCUGCCCGAUG